AUGAGUCGCAAGGACAGACGCGACUUCAAUAUUUCGAUCUGCUUCCGGUCGCCCAGCGUUAAGACCCUACCGGUUCAGGAAGCUCUCCAGUUGAUGGCGUUUGCCGAACAGCGGGAAGUGCGAAUGUCUCGGAGGGCUGCACGGUGUUAUUCCGAUCCUCCUCGAGCUCGUAAUAGUUCUGCCCCGCUCAGCGACCGUCUUUGGGCAAGGGCAGACGGCGUGCGGCGCGAUCCUCAAAUGCCCCCGAGGUCUAAACCGGCACAGCGAGCCGCGGCGUCAAGCAAAGUACCUCAGGUCUCAAGGGCAAGGUCCUACAUGCAGAGUGCCCCGAGCUCGCCGGUUACUGCCUCUGCGCGUUUGAAAGCACCCCAGUCGCCACUGCCCCCGCGGGGUCACCAUCUACACGUGCCCGUAUCGAGAAGUCGCCGUCGGAGGUCGACUUCUGCCUUGACAGCGGGCCUGACCAGACCAGACUUUGCAUGUCCCGAGACAUUCGUUUCCGAAGCUCACAGCAGACAUGACUGCGACGGUCCUCAAUUGCGCUCUGGUGAGCAGCCGUCCUGUCCAGGGCAUAGACUCGGACUACGAUCGACGCCUAGCUCAUACGCUCCCAGGCACAAAUUGCCUGCUUACGCCGUCAUGUGAGCAUAUUUGAAGCGUCGACGGCUGGCGGAAGGGCACAGGAUCGGUAGUGGGCUCGAUACGUAACAUCCACACUUGUCCUUGUGGCGUGUCCCAGGGCCUAGAUCUCGCAAGGCGGCCUGCACGCGCGCUCGACGCUUAGCCAGUGUUUCCGGUAUCUCAACUGCGGGACGAGCGCCGCUAGAGGCACUCCUCG